UCCCGACAAAAAGGUAACAGGUUGCAGCUCCAGCAGCGUCAUGAACCUGUUGCUGCGUUAAAUUACGUCUCAGCUAUUUUCCUCCCACUUUUUCUUUGGACUUUGAUGGAUGUCCGGGGAAAUAUUCGAAUUAUCGCCAGCGUACAAGAGCUCGACGCGCCAAAGAGGAACAGAGAGGGAUAAGUUGAAGAGAAGAGCAUGAGCGCUCAGUCGUCAGCCAGGAAGAAUCCUGGGGACUACGGUGUCCAGAUCCGCUUCAUCUCUGAUCUGGAUGGCACCGCCGGAGGGCAGCCAUCGUCCCAACCUAAGAUUAAAACUCCCUCCACCUCCAAGUACGGCGUUGCAGUCAGGGUGCAGGGAAUCGAUGGCCAGCCGUACGUGGUCCUGAAGAGCGGACAGAAGGGCGACUCGUACGGCGUCCAGCUCAGGACAGACUACAACGCCGGGUACCGCAGCCUCCCCCGGAGGAGGGAGAAGGCAGAGCCAGAAAGGGAGGGGGCUGAUGUGGGAGGAGGGCAGGGAGGAGCUUUACGCCGGGCUCAGUCUCACGGCUCGCUGCUAGACAGGGACGACGGGGGGGGCGAUGAGGAUUUUCAGUUUUCUAGGCCUCCUGGGGACGGGAAGUCUGGCAGUUAUGGGAAUCUGGAUGGAGGAAUUGGAUUGAGGAGAGACAGGGAGGAGAUGUGGGAGGGCAGUGGGAGAGAGGGGGGUGUGCAAAGCAACAUGUGGAGUGGGUCGUAUCGAGCAGGGCUCAACAGGUCACUGGGGUCGGUGAGGGACACUCAGUCGCACCCUGACCCUCCUCAACAAGCGAUCGAGCUCUCCUCCAAUCGGAGACAGUCGCCUGUCAACAGACUGAUAAAUAGGUUUGAUGGUGCAGCGCCUGCCCGCCAGCAGCGAGAGCUCCCGCCAGCACCACAGCAUCCCAGAGCCCCUUCUCCUCACGUCCUCACGCCCAAACUGUACAUCUCACCUCCCUCCUCCACCCAGAGCAGCGUGGGACGGGUCCAAACUCCCGCCACCAAAGUCCCCGGAAACUCGGCCAAUCGGCGGCCAGCAAAUGAGCCGACACAGGUGGACCUGAUCGACUCUCAGGUGACCCCUGACCUUUUGCUGGACCAGGUUCAGAGCGGUGAGACGAGCAAGGAGGAGCGGGUCAUGAAGACGGUGUACAACAUCCUGAGACAAGGGUCGAGUGAGAGUGACGUCGUCAUCAGUCACAAAGUCAAGGCCAUCUUCCAGAAGAUUCAGAGCAUCAUGCCGCCUGAAGAGAUGCCCGGGGACGAGUGGGCGAGAGAGAAGAGGGCUCUGGAGACCAAAGUGGCUCAGCUACAAGCGGCUCUUCAGCAGGACAGAAGAGACCCCGGUCUGAAAGCUGAGCUGGAGUCCUGUCUGGAUGAAAACCUUCAACUCCAGGAGAUGCUGGACCGGAAGAAGAGAGAGUUAAAUGAGACCCAGUCAGAGCUGAUUCAGCUGCGUAUGGACAAGGAGCACGCAGAAAGACAGGCCAGAGAGCUGGAGGAUCAGCUGGCGGAGUUUCAGGACGAGCUGAGAAGAGAACACGGCAGCAAGACGGAUCUGGUGUCCUGCCAAGCUCAGCUGAUGGAGUUGCACCAGCUGAAACAGAAGCUGGAGGAGUCUCUGAGACAGAGAGAGAGGGAGCUCACAGCUCUGAAAGGUGCUCUGAAGGAGGAGGUGGCAACACACGACCGAGAGAUCGAAGCGCUGCGAGAGCAGUACAGCGCCGACAUGGAGAAGCUCCGCAGCAGCAUGGAGCAGGUGUCUCAGUCUCAGGCUGGCAUCGAGGCCGAGCGGCUGCGUGUGAACACGACAGUUCGCUCCUUACAGCAGCAGCUGGAGGACUGCAGAGACGAGAGCAGCCACUGGAUGGAGCAGUUUCACACCUCCAGAGACGAGCUCCGCACCACCAAACAAGAGCUUCUGCAACUCCGUUUGGAGAGAGAGGAGCUUGAGGACGAGCUAAAGGAGCUUAAGGACCGAAUCGGCGCAAAGAAGCUGCAGACGCCGGAGCCGAGGCCCUCUGAGGCGCUCAGCCAGGAGCUCCAGAGAUGCAGCGCUGAUCUGCAGAAGACCAAGUCUGAGCUGCAGAACCAGAGAACGGAGUUUGACAAGAAGGUCAUGGAGGUGAUCUCCAUUAAAAAGUCUCAGCAGAACCAGGAGGCUGAGCUGAGGUAUGAAAUGGACCGGCUGAAGGAGCAGCUGCAGAAGGCCAAAGAGGAGUUUGCCAAGGCGCAGGAGAAAAAUAAACGGCUCCCCAGCCAGGCGGCCCUCUCAGAUCUGGAGCAGAAGCUCGUCGAGGCUCAAAGUGAAGCCAGCCAGCUGAAAGAGAAGCUCUCCUUAAACGAAGAGGAGCUGGAAAUGUACAAAAGUCGCCUGAACAAAGCUCAGACGGACAUCAAUGGCCUCCAUGAUGCUCAGAGGGAUCAGGAGGCAACUCACACUCGUCUCAGAGAGAAACUCUCCAGAUUAGAGGCUCAGCUGCAGAGCAACGCCACAGAGAGCUCAGAGGCAGAGCUCGCCCUCCACUCAGAGGUAAGAGGCCUGAGAUCAGAGCUCGACGAGGCCAAGAGAAAAGCUUCCCGACUGACCCAGGAGCUCCACGAGGUCGCCGUACGUCUGGAAGCUGCAGACCGAGACAAGGAAACCCUGAAACAGAACGUCGGCCAGCUGGAGGAGAGCAAGCGGCAGCAGGAGAGAGCUCUGGAGAAGCUCAACAGAGAAGUUGAGUCUUUGAACGCAUCCCUAAAAGAAGAGAACCAGGCUCUCAGGUCUCAGCUGGAGGAGCAGAAAGAGCGAACUCGCAGGGAGGUUCAGGAGGCACAGCGUCAUGGAAACGAGGCCAAAUCCGAGCUGGAGAGGAACGAUCUGGACCUGAGGAGGCUGGAGGAAGAAACGUCGCGGCAGAAGAAGGAGCUUCAGCUGGUGUGUGAGGAGAGAGACAACCACCAGCUGGACAAGGAGCUUCUCACCAACAGGCUGCGUCACCUGGAGGGAGAGGUGGAGGCCAGCAAAAACACCCUGGGGGAGAAAACGCGGGAGAUCCGCAUCCUGGACGACAAGCUGAAGCGCGUGGAGCUGGAGCUGGAGGAGGAGAGGAGCACCGUGGAGAUGCUGACGGAGCGAGUGGCCCGGAGCAGAGACCAGAUUGAUCAGCUGCGCUCUGAGCUCAUGCAGGAGAGGUCCUCCAAGCAGGACCUGGAGCUGGACAAGAACGCCAUGGAGAGACACCUGAAGGAGCUGAGGAACCGCCUCGCUGACAUGGAAGGACAUUCCCGCUCAUCAGUGGGAGUCUCCCAGCUGGAAAACAAGGUCCAGGAGCUGGAAGAUCAACUGAGAGCCGAGGAAAGAGAGAAGAACUCGGUGUUGGCGUCGCAGCGCCGCAUGGAGAGGAAACUGAAGGAACUAAACAUGACGCUGGACGAGGAGAGACACGUGCACACGGAACAACGAGACCAGCUUUUGCUGAAGGUGAAGGCGCUGAAGCGGCAGGUGGAUGAGAGUGAAACCGAGCUGGAGAGGAUGGACGCCCUGAGGAGGAAAGCCCAGAGAGACGUGGAGGAGCAGGUGGAGCUCAGAGAGGCGCUGCAGGCCAGAGUCACGGCUCUGGAAACCAAUAUCAAGAGGAAAACUGUAACACGCCCGGCUUUGGAUUCGUCUGCUCUCAGCUCCGACGAGGACGACGACAGCCUGUACGACUCGUCCACCAUCACCUCCAUCCUCACGGAGAGCAACCUCCAGACCAGCUCCUGCUAGAGCGGCAGGGAGAGAGCAGGAGCUCACAACGCCGCCUCACAAAAGAAAGAAGUGAGGCGUUUGUAACCUGGGGAAAGGCCAGAGGACGGUAGGGCGUGACUGCACACAGCGGGAGGGCCGUGGGGGACAGAGCGGAUCCCUGCGGAGGUGGCGUUCCACUCUGGGAUGAAUGUAAGGAAACAAAACGUCAACAUUUAAAGGAAUUUCCUCCAUCCUGCUCCUGUUUCAUGCACUUACACCACACAACAGAAGGUCGUCCUCCCCACACAGUGACUCAGCCUCUUUGGUGCACAGUCAGUGUGAAAAUACUUCAGAACUAGACUUUAAUGUUUUAAAGCUUGUUGCACUUUGAUUAAACUCACUUCUGGUACUUCACCAGCGGAGAGGAGCGGAGAGGAGAGAGAGCUGGACGUUUGCAGCAGACGUGACGAGCGUCAGCCGUUGAUUUUGGUAUCAAUCAGAAACAAAACCAUAAUAUAAACACAACGAUGAACGUAGACAACAGAAUGACCGCCGAAGCACGCUUCGCCUGAAACUUUAAAACCACCCCAUCAUUUUCCUGUUGAUUUGAGGCUCCGCCUCCGUCUGAUGGAAGUUCCUGCUGCACCGCGGUCGAACGCCGACGUCACAAACGUUUCUAGCCGCGGAGAAAAGAGCACAGCUGCGUUUUUAGUUAUUUGUCCCCGAGUUCCUAAAUAAGGCUGCGUUAGGGUUGGAGUAGACCUGAUCAGAGAGGGUUUUUUUUAAGAGCUGAAGCGUCUCCUGGCUGCUCGGUAUCGGCGUUCCCAGACGAGUCGCUGCAGCUUUUAUUUACUGUUGUUGAAUUAAAACUUCAAAAUUAUACUUGUUUAUUUAGUUUGUAGCCGAAUAGCUUCAGAGAUUUUUCCUGCUGAGUUAAUUUAAAACUGUAGAUUUUUUCUGAUCGAUCGUCCGAAGAUGUAAACCGGGACCGCCGGACGCGGUCUUCCGUAAAGAUGCUGGUUCACACAUUUCCCGCCCGCCACGUGGUUUCUCUGUUGUGAAGUGAUUUAGCAACAAUAAAUAUUUAAAUGUAAACGCAUUCGUGUUGUUUGUGUAUUUUGUGACUCAGACCCACCGAGGCAGGUUAACCCCGGCUUUCCACCGGAGCCGUCAGCAGAACGUUACUGCAGCAGCACGUCAUAGCUGCUGAUAGGAACCGCUGUGGUCAACAGAACCUUUUCCACAGGAGCCGCCAGCAGCACGUUACUGCAGCAGCACGUCAUAGCUGCUGAUAGGAACCGCUGUGGUCAACAGAACCUUUUCCACCGGAGCCGUCAGCAGCGCGAGUCGGCCGCGUCUCAGGAGCAGCAUGUCGCGGCCUUUACGCGCCGGUUCUAUUUUCUACGUGCGACGCCUCUGAAACGGGUCAAGUUCGACAUUUUUGGGGAAGGAAAGACAGGAAAUCGGACGCGGAAAUGGAGAGAAGCUCCCGAGAUUUUCAGAAUAAAGAACGUACUGCCUUCCGGUUGCUUUACUUUUAAAAAACGUUACUAACUGUGUGUCCCCGUGAGAAGUUAUCACCUAGCUAGCGGUCUCCUUUGUUUUUCAGGUCCGUAUUGGCGAUUAUAAAACGGACAGAACAUAAAACACAAACCAUGUUGUAGUUUUCUCCUGCUUGUUGUUGUGUUUACUGACGACGUCACUCGUGUGACUUCGUGCUCGGUCGGUGACAGCUGCUCCCCUGCUGCUUCGCGUCUCGUGGGAAGGACCAAGCAGCAGCUUACGCAAGCAAGACGUGCUGCUGCAGUAACGUGCUGCUGACGGCUCCGGUGGAAAGCCGGGGUUACGCCAGCGGGACCGCCUGCUAGUUAACCGUCCCGUUUGGGACAUUUCUCUGGAAGCUUCUAGGGAAAAGAUCAGGUCUGGAAAACAUUAACGACUGAGUCUGCAGCUCUGUGCAACAAUCACACGAUGAGAGAACGACAGGAGGACGUUUGAAAGCGAUCUGCUACGUCUCACAUGUCUGGAGACACACGGGAGAGGAAGCUAACGGAGCACCUUUGUGUUCCUGGCUCCAGGGCCUCUAGCAGCAGACCUAGUUGUUCCCACCGGAGCAUUUAAUAACACAGCUAUCAGGUUGAGUCUUUCCUGGAACAAAUCGCCUGAUUUUCCAUUUUCUUUUCCUUUCUGAAGGCUGAGAGAUCCACCGACUCGUUUAUAAAUGUUCCUGUGACGAGAGAUUCUUUAGGUUUUCACUCAGAACCAACAAAUGCAGUGAAAACCAGCUUUUAUUUGGAGUUUUAUCCGUUUGUUUUACCUCAAGCUGGACGUUAGGUUGACUAAACUGAAGUAGCUCAAAGCUGUUGUCCCUGAAAGGGGAAUCAGGUUCUUCAGUAAUAUCAGAUUUGCUGUUGAGGUUUAGCCCUGAAUGCUUUUUCUGCCCGUCUGUGUAUCGCAGCCUGUUGAUUGGCUGCAGAAAUCCUGACUGAAACUGCUGAGUUGUUGACGAGGGCGACUCGUGGUUGAUGGUGGGACUCAGACGGAGACUCCGGACAUGGCUGUGAGUUUCAUGUAAAACAUUCACAGGUGCUACAGGUGGGUCAGAGGCUCUAACUAGCCUGAACAGGCAGGAUUUUGGUCUGUGGGAGAACACCCGCGCGUGCAUGAGCGACCUACGCAGAGCAGCUGCAGAUGGGAUUCAAACCUUCUUGUUACGAGGCUCCAGCGCUACCGACGGGGCUACCGACACAACCCCAUGGCCUCUCCAGAUGUGGUCAGCGCUGCUCUGUUAGCGAGAACGCUAAAAUGUCGGUGAAGGUGUGCAUCAUCGGGGCUGCGCGGUGGUCCAGAGGGUGUGCCCGUCUGAGGAAUAAUGAUAAUGACUCAGGGUGUUAUUACAGAUGAGGUGUUUUUCAUGAGGGGGCGACGGUGGCACAGGAGUUAAGAGCACUCCCCGUAAUCGGAGGGUUGCAGGUUCGAGCCCCGCUCAGUCUGUCGCUGCCGUUGUGUCCUUGGGCAAGACACUUAGCCCACCUUUCCUGCUGGUGUUGGUCGGAGGGCCCGGUGGCACCUCUGUCAGUGCGCCCCAGGGCAGCUGUGGCUACAUGGUAGCUCAACCCCACUAGCGUGUGAAUGGGUGAAUGACUGGUUGUGUUGCAAAGCGCCUUGGGGGGUUCCAGGACUCUAGAAGGCGCUAUGUCAAAUACAGACUAUUUACCAUUUCAUUUCUAACAUCGAUUGACAUAAAACUUUACAUUUUACAACAAAUAAAUAUAAAUAAAUAUAUUUUUUCUUUUUUGUCGAUCCUAAUAAAUCCUCCUCUGUGUUUCUGAUCACUCGGGUCACUUGUGAUCUUAAAGAUGAAGGUUUGAGGAAGUGCCAGCUGACAGGAUCCUGCAUGUUAACGUCCUGAAGCACAUUGUCAAUAUCAGACAAGUCUCCGAAACAAAACCCAAACGCUGCUGCUGGAACACGGCCGAGCGCUGAGCUCACCUCCAACGCUGCACAAACAAGGGAUUAGAGGCAUUCCAGAGGGUGUUUCUGUGUCUGAGUUUUAAAUCAUUACUGUUUACCUGGUUUGCUGACAGAUUCCUGAACGGCCUCUGCUCAGAGAAAUAAAGUUAACAUCCUACAGGACUGAUAAGCUAACAGCUAGUCUGAAGUGUCUACUUAAAACGGCUGCCAUCUUUAAAGACCAAGUUCAGUGAGAAACUAUUUUUACAUGUAAUUUUUUAAAUAUAAUCAGUAACUGAGUGUUUCAUGCAGGCUGAACAUGAAAAUAGUCUCCUACACCUAUCUCCUGCAUUAGCUUCUGAUAGAAAACAGACGAUGAAACUCUAGGAUUAGAAAAUCCUGACAGAUCUACGUCACACUGUCACCAACAUUCGUGGACUCGCCCAUCUUGGCUUUCGACGGGGAAGGCUGUUGUUGGUUUAGCGUCCAGGAAACAGCAGAGAACGUCUCUGCUAGUAGACGCUAACCGUUAGCAUUAGCUACUCCACCACACAGCAGAACUCCUCCAGGCUUUUGUUAUUUGUGGAGAUAAAACAUCAACGUUGCAGAGCAAACAGAGUCAGUGGUAGAGUCGUGUUGCUGUUAGCCAAUCAGAGGAGAGAUGUCCAGAUACCAGGAAGUAAGACUCUGGAUCCUGUUGUUUUCUUCACCUCUGCUCUGGCUCGCUUCUGAAACGAGCGCCAGAGCUUUUUUUUCCUUCUGAGGAUUCAGUGAAACUACAGACCUCCGCCGAUGUGUUAAAAUGGGUGAAUUUGGUUUUUAACGACUCAAACCAGUUGAUGUGUGAUUCAUCUUAUUUUAGAAACUUGCAUCAUUUGAUUAAAUAUCUGAUUGUUUCAACAGAAAUAUCUGGUCUACGUUUGGUAAUAGUAGUAAUAAUAAGGUAAUAACGAUAUUAAUGCUUGUAAACAGUCUCAGAAUUCACUAAUUGAUUUUCUAAUGCAAAACAAACUAAAGUGUAAAUGUUUAUAGAACAAAAGUGAUUUAUGGGUCCUGAAGUGUAAUAAUUCCUUUAACGUGUUAAUUGUUUUCUGCAUGUUUUGCUUUCCAUCCCUGUUGUUUUUGUGUGUUUUGUCUUCUCGCUGGAGUUCUGAAACUCAACCGUCUCCACUCUGAUCCUGUGUGACGUUUUAUCUUCGUAUGAAACUCGAUGCGGACGUCUGUGUAAUGAUAGAUGUUAAUUACAUUUAAUUAAGGACGAUAAGACAUUACAAAUUCAUAUCUAGUAUGAAUUCCAUCUUGUGGACACUGGGUUAUUUAAAUCAGAAGAUUGGAUCUUUUUAUUGCAGGGAUUUUAAAAUUACACUUUGCAUUAACUGAGAGACAAGAGAAGAGAGAGAGAGACUUUCAAACGUUUAAGGAAAUUUAUUACUAAAUAAUUUUAAACAGUUUAACAAGACUAACUCUCUAAUGAUGGAUGUUCUGUUUGAAUGAAGUGUGAGGUGAAUGGUGUGUGUGAAUGAUGUCAGAUUCAGAACCUUCGCAUCCGGAGAAACAAAGUCUGAGUGGGAGAUGAUGUUUUGCUCCUAACUGAUCAGAGUUUGAGACUCGUAGUCAUAAACACAUGAGACGCCAUUUGUGUCUCAUCCACAUACCCUCAGUGAGACCUCCGUACAGAUCCGGAUGCCAGGUCCACGACCCUCCUCUGGUACUGGAGCCGAUGGUACAGCGUCGACAGCACGACAAACCAGUCUUUGGAUAGUCUCCAGGUAAAGAGCGACAGGUGGUUCACAGCGUCAAAAAGGGACCCUCCUUGGGUCAGCGAGUUCAGCUUUUAUUCUGAAAGAACCGUUGUUGGUUGGUAACAACGACAGAUUUUUCCCAGCUUGAUGGUUCUCAGCUUAAAAAGAGAAGUACAGAUGGCCGGUCCAAUACUUCGCUUAGGUGAACUCGGUGAGAUCUUGAGAGCUGAACUUAAGAUGGCGUUGGAACUGUUUUAUUAAUCUGGAUGUUUUUGAUUCUGGACGAAUCAAAGCUGACAGAUUUAAUAAACACCACAGAGACUUGCCACGCUUCAGACUAGGAAGGUUCUGAUUGGAUCAGUACAGCAAUGUGUCAUGUGAUUAUUUACCUUAGUGUAUCAGUGUGUCUAGUGGACUAGAUUAAAGCAUAUUAAUCAUAAUAUUGUGAUUUCACCGAUCGGUCACAUUGUAUUAUUGACUAACAGUUGUUUUGAUUAGCUUUAUUGAAAAUAGAGUUCUUUGAUUUAAUAAAAGAAAAGAGUCUUCA